AUGGAGUCCAUAAAAGAAGUCAAAGAAUGGUUAUUAACGAAGUGUAAAAUUCCCAACAUCAACGUUCACUACAGUCAGUCAUCAGAGAACAACGAAACGCAGGCAUUCUGUUCAGUCGUUACACCUCAAAACAUCCCGGAAUUCGUUAUUCCAGGUUCCAACGACUCGUCGAGGCAUGCAAGCAUUGGAACCUGUUCUUUCGAUGGGGACUUUCCUAGCAAUAAUUCGAGCGAAGCAAGUUUGCCUUGUUCUGCCCACACCAGCCCCGGGGUUUCCCCUAGAGGCUCCUUCUCGGGUCUGGGAGUUCAUAUCCGGAAAAGUCCGAUUCACGUUCGCUCGUGUCCGGUGUCUCCGGGCCACGAACCGACGGAUUUCGCCGGGCAUUCGUGCAACCAGACGAAAUCGUGGACGAAUAUAAUAUCGCUUGACGGUGAUGACACAAACGCUGACCCGCAGUCCGUGGCCGCGAUAGGGCUUCCUCAUUUUAAAAUCCAGACCUCCUAUGGAUUCACGACUCUUUCCGAGAGCCCCCAUACUAGACGGAAGGAGUCCCUAUUCCACGCGGCAAGCAAAGGAAACCCACAGUUUGAUUUGCACAAUGCUGCCCUAAAUGACUUAAGGAUUAGAUACAGGUGCGAUAGCAUGGACUUACCCGAAGGGCGUAGGCCGUCAGGUUCUCUGCAUCCAAAUGAUGUUCCAUCGUGCGCCAGGCUUCCAGCAAACAGAAUGUCCACUGUCAGUUUAGUUUGUCCGAAGGAAGAUGAUCUACCUCCCAAGGGUAGUUGCAGGAGAACGCAGAAGUACUACAGAAGAAGGUCUUCUUUGCCGGGACUUCAACCCGUGCCCUCCUGGAAGAACGAAGCAGCAGAGGCGACCAGCAACUCGUUAGAAUCUAGCCCCGCGUUUGGAAGGAGAGAAAGGAAUCGCUUGAGAGUGGGGAAUCCAACCACAUACAAGAGACACUCUUCGCCCAACCCUAGCCCCACCCGAGAGAUUCCACUUGAGGAUAUACAGAGGAGAUUCUCCUCCAUGAACCACCUGGUCGUGCCGACUACCAACUGCCAGCCUUUAUCUGAAGCACCGCUAGGGGAGCUGAAGUUCUCCUUCCACUACCUCCCGGACACUAGGGAGCUCAAGGUGCUGCUGAUAAAAGCGGAGAACCUGGGCGGAGAGAGCAGGGACAACAACAUGAACGUGUUCGCCAAGCUCGCCAUCAUGCCCGGGAAAAUCCAGAAACAGACAUCGGAGAUCAUCAAACACACGAAAUCCCCGGUGUUCAACGAGUCGUUUUUGUUCACCGACGUGCCGUACGAAAAACUCCAGAAGAUGUCGCUGCGAAUCAAGCUCUGUACUAAAAGUCACGUGAUUACGGAAACUCUCGGAGAAGUGAAUAUUGAACUCUCCAAGUUUGACCUGUUUCAAGAGAUUAGGAUGUGGAGAGCCUUGGAGCCUAACAAAGACACAGAGGACUUGGGUCAUCUGCUACUGUCUCUUCUCUAUGAUCCCAGGGACGAGCAGCUAUUGGUUGGAGUGGGACAAGCCAAAGGAUUGCCCCAACACCUCACUGGGGGUCCUAAUCCUUAUGUUCGAGUUGAAGUGAUGCAGACCGGUAAAGGAAUUAACCGAAUACACACGCGGACCCUCAAGAACACCGCCCAGCCGAUGUUUAACGAAGUAUUCACGUUUACCGUUUCUUCGGAUAUUCAAGAUAUGAAAUGUACCGCUGUCGUACUAACGGUCUUCGACCAUGAUCGGCUUCGUUCGGAUGAAGUGAUCGGGCAAGUUCGGCUCGGUUACGGAGCCACGGAAGAGAGCGAGAUCUCUCAUUGGAACGACACAUUGUGCACCCCUGGUUGUGAACACACCAAGUGGCAUUAUAUUAUGGAGAAAACGCGAGACAACAGUUAGUGUUACAUGUUAUGUGAUAUUAACAUGGACUAUACGCCGAGGAAAUGACCAGUCAUUUAAGCCAUCUGGAUUAAGACUGGUAGGUCUUGGGUUCGCAUCCAGAUACCGGAUGCCACCCAGAGGAAAUGUUAACAACUCAGUCAGGAGGUGACAGUGUAAAGCCACUGCACCAACUACCCUGUCACUAAGCGUUAACCAGUUACCCUGGAUAAACAGCCCAGAUACCUGCCUGGAAAACACAACAGAGCAUGCUUGAAUCGAACAUGGAUAGAAGCAAGUUAAAUUGAACGAGGGAUUUCUGUUUUUAAACAGCUGUUUUUAUAUAUUAAUGGUAUACUUUGCGAGUGCUCUGUGGAAACACGUAACAUUCGCUAGCCUUGUUUUGGCACUUCGUGUUAAGUGAAUGUGACAGGAUGAAAACCAGUCAAAUCGUUGUCGACCGUUCGCGGUAAACGCCAAUGUACUGAACGCAAGUUACAUCGUUGUCGAGUGCUCGCGGUUAAAGGCUAUAUACUGAACGCCAGUUACAUCGUUGUCGAGUACUCGCUGAAAAAGCCAGUGUACUGAACGCAGUAUACUUACUGUACUGUGACGUACGCUGAAUGUAUGUAAACAUGAUAUGUAGUAUUGAUUAUAAUACAACAGCGUAUACCAUCCAUUGGUGGACAACCAAUGGCAAAUGUUAUUAUUCUCCUAUGGGGUCAUUAAGCUUUCAUAAAUUUACCCAGCCUUUUAAAUGUUACUGACUUAAAGAAUAUUUUUUUCUGAACUGUUAUUUUUGGACAUUUUGAUCAUUUAAAAGCGUCCCUUCUCUUUCCUCGGCUUUGAUCAUUUCCUUCUUCGUUUUAUUUUCUUCGUCAUUAUCCCUUUUCUAUUCGCAGGGUCUUUUCCCUCCUUCCUUUCGCUAUUUUUUUUAUUUUUUUAUUUCAAUGUUUACUUCAAUGUUUUUUUAAAAUGUGGUAUACAUGUAAACACGCCAUAGUUAAAAGUAUCACAUAUUAUAACGACAGUUGUCUGAUUCUGUUUAACUUUCCACUGUUCAGUUCGUCUCUAUUAAACAAAUUAUGUUUUUCCACCACAUUUUGCCAGUGAGUGUUGUUAUUGUUUUUAUUAAUUAUUUUUUUGUUGUUGAGUGUAUGUGUGUGAGGUGGGGAGGUCUAGAUAUCUUAUUUAUAGAGUGGCACAUGCCCUGCGUGAGUGCUACC